ACUUCAAUUUUUUGGCUGAGCAAGCGUCCAACUGCCCGUCGUAUCAAGUAAAAAAGACGUAAAAGCUUCUCUUGAAAAUGUCGCAAAAUUUGUCCCUGAAAGUGGCACCGUCCAGCAAAGAUGAUUACCUAGAAUGUCCGUUUGAUGAAGGGCAUGUCAUCAUGCGCAGUCGGAUGACCGUACACUUGGUCCGCUGCGCGCCUAAUCAUCACGGGUCCAGGAAGGUGCGUUGUCCGUUCAACAAUACCCAUAUUUACACCAUAAGCAAAAUGAAGAUUCACGUUGGCACUUGCCCAGAACGCGCUGGAUUCGAGAAAUUUAUGAAUCAGAAUGAAAUAGCAGAACCUGACGAGCUGCCUUACGAAAAAAAGGAGGAAAUCGAGUGCAGUGAGGACUGGGACAAAGAGCCGGAGGUGGGCACGUACAAUCCCAAGCUCUAUUGCGACAAAAAAUUUCUGAUUCGCAAUCCCCAGGGCAAUCCGCCAGCAGUCAGACGUGAAAUUCGUGAAUCGGAACGUAAGCGUUUCCAGCAGCACCACAAAUUCUGAAUGACUAAGCGGCGGCCAUUUUAUCCAAUCUCAGGGAGAACAAUUUUCUUCAUAAUAAAAAAACCUUAUAAUAAGUA